AUCUGGGUUGUUGGCUGGCUGUGAAUUGUGAUGGGCUUAGAAGCUGAGGCUGCUGGGGAGGCCGUGUGCUGGUCUGUUUUGCUUACCUGAGAAUGGAAAAUAUGAUGUGACACCUAAAGGCAAGCCCUCAAGUACUGCUCUGUCCUCAUCUCUGCUCUCAGUUUGGGGGUGGGGGGAUGGUCUAGUGUUGCCAUUGCCACCGCUGCUGUCACAACAAGAGAGAGUCCCUUUGUCCUGGAGUCUUCCAUGCUCCCUCACGACCAGCCAAGCACCCAUUCUGAUCAUUCAGUUGGCAAACCCAGAAGGGACAGCCAGAGCUGAGCUCAGGAGAGCCGAGCUCCACCUCCCACUGCUUGUGUCCCAGGUAGACCCUGAAUGCUGCCCUCCAGCCCUGCCUCCUCCUCCUCCCCAAGUCCUUGCUUAGUGGAUGCUCCCAAGCGUGAUUGGGACUGCGAGAUUGCACGCAGUGCUGACUUACUUGAAAGCAUCUUGGGGAGCUGCAGAGGGUGUGAGAGCAGCUUGGAGAGGUGGGAACCCUGGCUGCCGAUGGCUCCAGCCAGCGAAAGUGUAGAAGGCUCAUUCCAGGAAAAGCGGAAUAAUCACUGUAUUGGCUGGCUUUCAGGCGGGUCUUCAGUGAAUUCUGUCAUGGUUAUUUAAGGAAUCUUGCCUAGAAAGUCCCCACAAGCACGAAGUCCCCUGCCGCCCAGAAGGCGUGGACUCCAAGAUGAUCAUAAAGGAAUACCGGAUUCCCCUGCCAAUGACCGUGGAGGAAUACCGCAUCGCCCAGCUGUACAUGAUACAGAAGAAAAGCCGGAACGAGACCUACGGACAAGGCAGCGGAGUGGAGAUCCUGGAGAACCGACCCUACACAGAUGGUCCUGGGGGCUCCGGGCAGUACACCCACAAGGUGUAUCAUGUGGGCAUGCACAUUCCUGGCUGGUUUCGCUCCAUCUUGCCCAAGGCAGCCUUGCGGGUGGUGGAGGAGUCCUGGAACGCCUACCCCUAUACCCGAACAAGGUUCACCUGCCCCUUUGUGGAGAAGUUCUCCAUUGACAUUGAAACCUUUUAUAAGACAGACACUGGGGAAAACAAUAAUGUGUUCAACCUGUCUCCUGUGGAAAAGAACCAGCUGAUAACAGACAUCAUCGACAUCGUCAAGGAUCCUGUGACCCCCAGUGAGUACAAGACAGAAGAAGACCCCAAGCUCUUCCAGUCGAUCAAGACUCGCCGGGGACCUCUGUCUGAAAACUGGAUUCAGGAGUACAAGAAGCGGCUCCUCCCCAUCAUGUGCGCCUACAAGCUCUGUAAGGUGGAGUUCCGGUACUGGGGCAUGCAGUCCAAGAUCGAGAGGUUUAUCCAUGACACAGGCCUGCGGCGGGUGAUGGUGAGGGCCCACCGGCAGGCCUGGUGCUGGCAGGACGAAUGGUAUGGGCUGACCAUGGAGAAAAUCCGAGAGCUGGAGAAGGAGGUACAGCUCAUGCUGUCCCGCAAAAUGGCCCAGUUUUCGGAGGAAGGACCAUCAGAACUAAGCAAGGAGAAUACAAUCAAGGACCAGGCAACUGGAGCAACCCCUGAACCCAGCAACAGCAAUGCGGAGUCUCUGGGGCGGGGUCUGAAGAAGCAGUGGUCCACCUCCUCCAAGUCCUCAAGGUCCUCCAAGCGCGGAGCCAGCCCCUCCCGGCAUAGCAUCUCAGAGUGGAGAAUGCAGAGUAUCGCCAGGGACUCUGACGAAAGCUCAGAAGAAGAGUUCUUCGAUGCACAAGAAAACCUGCAGCACAAGGAGGAAAUGUACACCAAGGACAUCACCAAGUGGAGCUCCAAUGACCUCAUGGACAAAAUGGAGAAUCCAGAGCCUGAGGAAUCACAGGACUCUCUCUACCAGAGUGGCUCUGAGUUCAGGGUGGCCUCCAGUGUGGAGCAGCUGAACACCAUCGAGGAUGAGGUGAGCCAGCCACUAGCCACGCCACCCUCCAAGAUUCACGUGCUGCUGCUGGUGCUGCAUGGAGGCACUAUCCUGGACACGGGAGCGGGUGACCCCAGCUCCAAGCAGGGUGACACCAACACUAUCACCAAUGUGUUCGACACCGUCAUGCGUGUGCACUACCCCAGUGCCCUAGGCCACCUAGCCAUCCGCCUGGUGCCCUGCCCACCCAUCUGUGCCGAUGCCUUCGCCCUCGUCUCCAACCUCAGUCCCUAUGGCCAUGAUGAGGGCUGUCUGUCUAGCAGCCAGGAUCACAUCCCCCUGGCUGCCCUGCCCCUGCUGGCCACUUCCUCACCCCAGUACCAGGAGGCAGUUGCUACAGUGAUUCAGCGGGCCAACCUGGCCUAUGGAGACUUUAUCAAGUCCCAGGAAGGCGUGACCUUCAACGGACAGGUCUGCCUGAUUGGAGACUGUGUCGGGGGCAUUCUGGCAUUUGAUGCCUUGUGCUACAGUGGCCAGCCAGUGUCCGAGAGCCAGAGCAGUAGCCGCCGGGGCAGUGUGGUCAGCAUGCAGGACGCUGACCUGCUGUCCCCGGGCAUCCUGGUGAAUGCAGCACACUGCUCCGGUGGUAGUGGCGGUGGCAGUGGCAGUGGUGGAGGCUCCAACCUGGAGAGCAGCCGGCAUCUGAGCCGUAGCAACAUUGACAUCCCCCGAAGCAACGGCACGGAGGACUCCAGAAAGCAGAUGCCUCGCAAAAGGAGCGACUCCUCCACCUAUGAGCUGGACACCAUCCAGCAGCACCAGGCCUUCCUGUCCAGCCUCCAUGCCAGCGUACUGAGGACUGAACCCAGCUCCCGCCGCUCAAGCAGUUCCACGAUGCUGGACGGUGCCGGGGCCCUGGGCAAGUUUGACUUCGAGAUCGCCGACCUCUUCCUCUUCGGGUGCCCACUGGGGCUAGUCCUAGCCUUGAGGAAAACAGUCAUCCCCUCCCUGGACGUUUUCCAGCUGCGGCCAGCGUGUCAGCAAGUGUACAACCUCUUCCACCCUGCGGAUCCUUCAGCCUCCCGCCUGGAACCGCUGCUGGAGCGGCGUUUCCACACCCUGCCGCCCUUCAACAUCCCUCGAUACCAGCGCUACCCGCUGGGGGAUGGCUGUUCCACACUGCUGGUCGAGACCGUGCAGAGAAACCCAGAGCUGGUCCUGGAGGGCGGCCCCCUGGCCCCCCUCCCCCACGGGGAUAGCUUCCUGGAGACCAGUAUCCCUGUUCCCGCGCUCACCUGGCAGGAUGGGCCCCGCCAGAGCCUGGGCUGUUCUGAGUCGGAUGCGCUCCAGACCCACAACACAGUCUUCCAAGAGCAUGCAGCCCCCUCGUCACCCGGCACAGCCCCUGCUAGCCGUGGCUUCCGCAGAGCCAGUGAGAUCAGCAUCGCCAGUCAGGUGUCAGGCAUGGCCGAGAGCUACACAGCAUCCGGCAUUGCCCAGAUUGCUGCCAAGUGGUGGGGCCAGAAGCGGAUUGACUACGCCCUGUACUGCCCCGACGCCCUCAUGGCCUUCCCCACAGUGGCCCUGCCCCACCUCUUCCAUGCCAGCUACUGGGAGUCAACUGAUGUGGUCUCCUUUCUGCUGAGACAGGUCAUGCGGCACGACAGUGCGAGCAUCCUAGAGCUGGACGGCAAGGAGGUGUCCGUGUUCACGCCUUCGCAGCCCAGGGAGAAGUGGCAGCGCAAGAGAACCCACGUGAAGCUCCGGAACGUGGCAGCCAAUCACCGGAUCAAUGAUGCAGUUGCCAAUGAGGACGGCCCACAGGUUGUGACAGGCCGGUUCAUGUACGGGCCCUUAGACAUGGUCACCCUGACUGGGGAAAAGGUGGAUGUGCACAUCAUGACGCAGCCGCCCUCAGGUGAGUGGCUGUACCUAGACACUCUAGUCACCAACAGCAGUGGACGUGUCUCCUAUACCAUUCCAGAAACACACCGCCUGGGGGUGGGCGUGUACCCUAUCAAGAUGGUGGUCAGGGGAGACCACACAUUUGCCGACAGCUACAUCACUGUGCUCCCCAAGGGCACAGAGUUUGUGGUCUUCAGUAUCGAUGGCUCCUUUGCGGCUAGUGUGUCCAUCAUGGGCAGCGACCCCAAGGUGCGCGCCGGGGCUGUGGACGUGGUGCGACACUGGCAGGACCUGGGCUACCUCAUCAUCUAUGUGACCGGCCGGCCGGACAUGCAGAAGCAGCGGGUGGUGGCAUGGCUGGCUCAGCACAAUUUCCCUCAUGGUGUGGUGUCCUUCUGUGAUGGCCUGGUGCACGACCCGCUGCGCCACAAGGCUAACUUUCUGAAGCUGCUCAUCUCUGAGCUGCACCUGCGCGCGCAUGCGGCCUACGGCUCCACCAAGGAUGUGGCCGUCUACAACUCCAUCAGCCUUUCUCCCAUGCACAUCUACAUUGUGGGCCGCCCCACCAAGAAGUUGCAGCAGCAGUGUCAGUUCAUCACAGAUGGCUACGCGGCCCACCUGGCCCAGCUCAAGUACAAUCACCGGGCGCGGCCAGCGCGGAACACGGCAACGCGCAUGGCUUUGCGCAAGGGCAGCUUCGGUCUGCCUGGCCAAGGUGACUUCCUUCGCUCCCGGAAUCACCUGCUCCGCACCAUCUCGGCUCAGCCCAGUGGGCCCAGCCAUCGGCACGAUCGGACACAGACCCAGACGGACUUGGAGCAGCGGGGCCAGCGCAGCAUGAGCAUGGCGGCCAGUUGCUGGGGCCGUGCCAUGGCAGGCCGGCUUGAACCCGGGGCAGCCACAGGACCCAAGUAGGACCCCCUCAGGAGGCGCUGUGGUCUCCAUGGUGCUAGGCCAGGGCACCGGCCCUCCUGGGCACACGUAGGUGGCUGGGGACACAGACAGGACCUGAGAGCUUGUCCCGGGGCCUCUUGGAAGACAGCCAUGCCAACCCAGUCCUCCCAGCCUUGCCCAAUGCCCUAGGCUCUGAGGAGCCCAGCUGGUCAUGGAAACUGGCAGGAGGUCCAGCCCAUGACGGAAGAGGAACCAGGAUCGGCCACUUAGCCCAGCCUGGGAGGCAUCCCUGGACGUCUUGCUCUGUGUUGAUCUCUCAGCCUCCUGGUGGCAGGCAUGGGUCUCGGCCCUGCCUGUCACCUCCCUGUCCACUGGCGCCCCUUCCCCUUUGGCAGCAGCUCCAAUGGGGUCUAACCUGCUUCUUGUUGACUCCAGUUCUCAACUGUCCAACCUCACUGGUUUUGCACUGGUUUUUGAGAGUGGAGACCCGUUACCACCUCCUGGCUCCAGACAGGUUGGCAUGCAUGAAAAUCCAGUCUCCGCUGAUCCAGGGCCUGUCACCACACAGAAUAUCCCAGUGUGGAAAGUCUUCACGCAAGCAGGAGAGAAAGGCCAUACCUUAGUUUCUGCUGCCUGCCUGGGCUGCCGACACCACGGCAGCCCGAUGGCAGUCCCAGACUGCUACCCACCCGUCCACCUGCCCCACCCAGAGCUCAGUGCGGUCCCAGAGCCGAUGUCACUCCGGGCCCUGAGCACAGCACAGGUGUGAGGCCAGGAAAGUGCACGGCUGGCUCUUCGUAGCCCACCUUGGGCAGCUGGACCUGAAGAGGCCUGGCCUCCACCUCCACUCCUCGCCGGCCACGGGCGGGGGCCCCGUGCCAUGGCUGCUGCCCACCGUGUUUCUACGCCUUUCUACUUCUCCAUCCGGUUUCUAUAAGGUUUUUUUUAACAGGCAAUCCUGGGCUGCUUCCUUUUCUUAACUCAGUGUCAGCGCAGCCUGCUACAUUAGGAACACCCAGCACUGUGACAGGGUCCCACUCAGUCUGGCCUGUGGGCCCUGCACCUGGCCCACUUGGCGAGGUGUGGGUUUCUUGCCUCACCUGACCCACAAUUCCACCGACUUCCUACUCUGGAGCGGGUGGGGCUCUUAGGUUUUCUUAAUGCCAUUCCGUUUUAAUGUCGACUCCAAGAAGCCACAGCUCCCGUGUCAGCCUGAGGGCAUACAGCCAUUUUAUUUCUCCCCAAACAAGGAUGGGCAUCUUACACACUGGGUCUGGGCCCUGCCUUCCGCACAGCACUGACCACGACCCUACUGCACCUUCUGUGUUGGCUGAGCUCACGGAGCUCAGGCCUCCUGUCCAGUGACGGGGCUCUGCCUGAGUAGCUGCCAAGCUGGAUUCAGACUCAGGGCCCUGUGGCUGGGUCAAGAGGCGUAUAGGAGACACUGACUUUGCUGUGUAGUUACGUACAGCACAGGAGUGUGGGAUUCCCGCCAUGGCCGGUCUACACGGGAAGAAAGCUAUUUAUUUUGUGCAGAGGAAAAAAAAAUGUCUGGAGGGGUGAGGCCUUCAGGGUCUCCUCAUCCAUGUAGCUUUGUGCUGUUCCCAGCGUUCUGUAUAAAGCAGUGAUUAUCUUAUGGACCAAGAUUCCAUGGAGCUGUCACGGUAAAAGUGCAAUAUUUGCCCCACCACUCCCACAGGAAGCUGCUGGCCCGACAAUCACUGCCCCAUUGCGGGCCCCAGGGGCCAGGGCCUCCUCCCUCAGGCCCCCCGUCUUGCCUCAGCCGAGGUGACUAGCCAUCGGGAGAAGCACCUAGAAGCCUCAGGCCACUUGCAGUCAAAGCAAGGGAGGUCCUGGGGUCAGUGGGCUUGGUCCCUCCCCUGGGCAGCCCCCUGUGGCUCUGAAUGCCCAUGCUUGCCCAGCCGCCAGCCAUGCCAAGGACAACAGCAAUAGUCCCCUGGGCUCUCCCAGGGCCCUCAGCCAUAGAUGGUGAGACGGGCAGCCUUCCCCAAAACCUCACUCAAGUCUGCUUUUUGCCUCCCUCGAGAUUCCCUUUGCCUCAUUCUCUUGAGGAAGCCCCACUUUUACAGAAAGUAAGAGAGGAAGGUCAAAGUCCUUUAAAAAUACCAAAAAAAUGUUUACAGUGUCAGGUGCUGAGCUGCAGGGCUCAGGCCUGGCCAUUCGUAACCAAAGGGUGAGGCAGACCUUGCUGCCUGCCACCCACCCCAGGCCUGUUAGAAUAGAAGCCUUAGUCAGUCCCUCCCCGUCCCCAGUCCCCAGGACUGAGCCUUGAUGCCACCCAACACCAACCACCUGCCUUCUCUUUGAUUUCUGAAGGAUUCAGCAAAGCCCAUCCCCUUCCUGGCUCUGUGUGAGCUAGCCGCCAUUCUACCCUGUUCUACCUUCACAUCUCAGACACCUCCCAUCUUUGUCCUUGUACUGUCUGUUCCUCUGGACCAUUGUGUGAACUGUGUCCUGACCCCCCCCAUGCUGUCCCUGCAUCGUCUGGCCUGAGUGUGCUCUCUGUAUACUGUGUCACAGUCUGUUACACCAAUUAAAGAAGCAGGAGGCUUCC